AUGACUGAAAUAAGAAUCUCGCUUCCGCCUACCGCGGCGCCGGAGGACGCUGCUCCUAAGCCCAAUGGCCAGGCUGCGCCCAAACGUAAAGGCCCGCCGCUGAAUCAGAUAUAUUCCUUGCCUGUACCGAUUCGGACCUUUCCGCUUCCGGCAUUCUAUCCCAACAAUCCCAUCUCUAUAAUCCACGUAGCAAUCGCCUGGCUAAAGCAGACUGUACGUCCACCACCUGCGGAACCCUCCAUCGUUUUUCGUGGCGUGUGGUCUGAAAGCACCAACUCCAUCCACGUCACCGAGGAGAAAUCUACGAGAGGCCUGUGGGAGCAGGGCUUCUUCGGUAAAGGUAGUCUAAGCCGAAGUGAGCCAAAUUGGCUGCGCCGCGAGCUCGUUCGCAAGGGCCUCCAGGAGACACACGUCAGUGAAAUCCUGACAAACCAGCGACGACAAGAGCGCGCCGAGGCGAAAUGGGAGCGUGCCAGGCUCGAGCAAGAGGCUAUCCGUCAGACAAAGCUGAGCGAGUCGCAAAAGGUGGUUGUUGCAGUGGACGCCGCGGCGGUCAUUGUUGCCCCAGUCGGCCCGGCUGAACUUCUGGCGCUUCCGAACUCGCUGUCCGAUAUCAGAGUAGCGAAAACGAAGCCAGCGACAACGUCAAUUCUUGUAAACGGUGACUACCUAGCACCACCGCCCGAGGUUUCGCUUAUUGAGCAGCUUGCCGGCGUUACCUCUGACGCUGCUACCAACAGGUCUGCGACAACUCCGCAGACACCGGCAUCGCGCUCCCGUGGUAGUUCGACGGUUUCCCAGGACGGUUCCGAGAAACGGCAAAAGAGUGUGCGAUUUUCACCUAAAGUGGAAUCCACUACAUUUGAUUUCUCAGACCCCCCAAGCUUCAACGCCACACUUGAUGGAAAGACUGCCGAGUCGACAUCACGCCCCGAAGACGCCACGCCAGCGUCAGCGGCUGAGUCUACCAAAGACAUCGUGGUCAACAAGGAGCACCUGCAGCUCACUCCAGAAGAGGCUUUCUUCCUCAAGUUUGGCUUAGGUGCACUCUCUGUCACCGAUCCAUACUCGGGGCUGGAGUUGUCGACUAUGGAUAUGCUGCGCUUAUUCCGCGAGCACUCCUAUUCACCACCGCGAAACGGGCCCGAUGCACCCGACCUGCAACCAGACGACAGCUUUUUGAUACACUAUGUAGUGUAUCAUCACUUUCGCUCGCUUGGCUGGGUUCCUCGCGCCGGUAUCAAGUUCGGUGUCGAUUGGCUUUUGUACACUCGCGGGCCAGUGUUUGACCACGCUGAAUUUGGCCUGAUUGUGGUUCCAUCCUACUCGGAUCCCUGGUGGAAAGCCAACGGAAAAGCCGCAGAGCCAAGAUCGUGGGCAUGGCUUCACAGUGUGGUGAGAGUGUUGUCGCAUGUCACCAAGAGCCUGGUGCUCGUCUAUGUGGAUGUGCCACCGCCGCCUGUUUUUGAUGAGGCCAUUGCAUCCGGCUUGACGGAUGCGCUGAAACUGUACAAAGUAAGAGAAGUCAUGGUAAAGCGAUGGGCGGCCAACAGAAACCGGUAG